AUGUGGAGUUCGAGUAACGUUAAUGCGUCAAACAAUGAACCGAGCAGUCGCCCCAGUUCGCACCUGGACGAAGAGGAUGAAGAACUGAUGCAAGAAGGUAAUGGACAGUAUCAAGAAUCCGACUCAUCUAAUGAUUCCGGUACGGAAUCUCUUACAUGGAUAUCAUGGUUUUGUUCGCUCUCUGGCCACGAGUAUUUUGCAGAAGUGGCCGAAGAUUUUAUUGAAGAUGAUUUCAAUCUGACGGGAUUGAGUACGCAAGUGACUUUUUAUAAAGAAGCAAUGGAAAUGAUUUUGGACGCUGAGCCUGAAGAAGAUCUUGUCAAAGUUCCGGAUCUAUCACUAGUAGAAGCAUCGGCCGAACUCUUAUAUGGACUCAUACAUCAACGCUACAUAAUAACACGUCAGGGCUUGCAACAAAUGGUUGAUAAAUACGAAUCAGGACAUUUUGGUACUUGUCCGCGAGUUUAUUGUCAAUCGUGUCCAGUCGUUCCUUGUGGAAGAAGUGAUAUGCCGGGACGGGAUACCGUUAAGCUUUUUUGCCCCAACUGUCUCGACAUAUAUAUACCGCCUAGUUCGAGAUUUGUUACGCUGGACGGUGCCUAUUUUGGGACUACAUUCCCACAUUUGCUGUUUCAACAGUUUCCAGACUUACAACCACAAAAUGAAAUGAAGAUAUAUGAACCGCGAAUAUUUGGCUUUCGAGAAAAGAACAUAAUGAUGACCACAAACAAGAACAACACCCACGCAGCUCACGUUGAGCACGAUUCCCCGCCCACUGCACAAAAAAUAGCGACCGAGUUUGCUCGACACUUUUACACGAUUCUCAACCGAGAACCAGACCAGUUGUACCGCUUGUACGGUCCAACUAACGGCGCCCUCGUUUACGGUGAUGAGGGCGAGGUAGCACCUGUUUACACUGGACACACUGAGAUUUCAGACCAAAUCUCUAAUAUGAACUACCACGAUUGCAAAGUUCAGGUGACAAACAUCGAUGCCCAAGCCAGCGCUCACAACGGCAUCGUACUUCAAAUAAUCGGCUGGAAGGCUAAUAGAGAUGAAGUGCCUCGCAAAUUUGUACAAACAGUAUUCCUCACUCCAGUUGCUCCAGACCGAUACCAUAUUUUGAACGAUAUCACACGUUUUGUCAACGACUUGGAAGAAGAUGAGGAAGGAGACGGUCGUAGCGAGGGAAGCACCGAAGCAGAGUCAAGAAUCUCUGUGGAGGAAAAAAUCCCUGACACAGUUGAAAAACCUUUAACAGAUGGUAGCACAUCGCCUUCUCCAGCAGGAACCUUAGUAGAAGAACCCAUUUAUGAAAUGUCAAACCCACGAGAAACACAGGUUGCCGACGUAGCUCCCGAACUGUCUCCUAAAAGGGAUAACGAAACAACGGCAGACGUUACUCCUGUAAACGCGUGGUCUAACGGAACGUCGGAACCCAAUAAUGCCGAAGAACCUGCUCAUUCGAUUGAUGCUGAAACAAAUAAUGAAGCACAAUUAACCGAAGUAGUCACCCAAGAUAGUAUACCCACAACUGUUUAUGCGAAAGAGACUUGUGUAAAAGCUAACGAAAAUCUAAAUGUUGAAGCAGAAGAAACCAGUGUAGAGCCUGCGGUUCCGGCUGUGUCGGAAACGGCGCCAACUUCUCAGCAAACUUCUGCUCUAGCUUCUGCUGGUAGUAAUGUCAAUGAAACAUCAGUCAUAUCUGCCGAACAAGUUUCGGUUGAAACUAAAAAUGUUCAGGAUGAAGAAACAUCUGUUCAAGUUUUAGAGAACUUCGACGUUGAUACAACCAUUCAGGAACCACCAGCUAAAGCCAACCCAGAAGACCUUCAAUCGUAUCCUGGCUUACCACUUUCCCCUCCUGUUGUUACUUCACCGACUCAAGAGUUUACCAAGUUGGAACAGGCUAUCCCUACAGAGCCAGUUAAAAAAUCCUGGGCCAGUCUUGCAGCUAAUGGCAGUGAUAAAUGGAGCUCGCAACUUGCCGAAACUAAAGGUCGUGUUGCAUCGGUUGCGCCUCCGCAGGGCAAACCACUUCCUCAAGUUCGUGAACAGCAACGAAGUGGUCGUCAGCAAGAACACCGUCGUAAUAGCGAUACUUCGCUGUCUGUCUAUAUUAGAGUUGCAAGCGGUUUGACGUAUGAGCAGGUUAAAAAGGCUAUCAGCACAUUCGGUGUGCCAAAGUAUCUUGACGUUGUACCCACCAAGGGAUGUGCGUUUGCUGGAUUUUCUACAUUCGAAGCAUAUCGUGCGGCUUUGAAUGCCCGACAAGUGAAUGUCGGACAAGCAGUUAUCCAUAUUGAAGAACGACGUAAACCUAGCGGUGCUGGUGCUAACACAGGUGGCAAUCGUAAUCAAGGUUCAACGGCUCAGGGAAAUAACAACCGUAAUAAUGGUUUUGCCGGGAACAAUCGCAAUGGAGCGUCAAUGAAUCAAUAUAAUAAUAGAUACGUUGAAAAUCAGAAUGGGAAUUUCCGACACAGUGGAAAUACAAACAACACAGGCGGUAAUGUUCAAAAUGAGAGGGCUGGUUCGCCUGUAGGCAAUAAUAAUAAGAACGAGAAGAGAAGGUCGAGCGGUGGCAAUCGCCCACGGCAGUCUGGGAAGAACCAGUUAUAA